AUGAAGUCCUCAAGAACCUCACUCAAAAAGAAAGAAUCUUCCAAGAUCGAACAGAUCUCAACCCAACUUGCCUCCUUGGUGUCCAUCCAUUGGGACCCGGAAGCACUCCAAAGUGAAAUCCUGCUUGAAGAUGAGCGAACAUCCGACAGAAAAUCAGUUACGUUUCAACAGCAGCACCCCUCAAAGCCCUCCGCCGAUCCAAGCCCUUUCACAUUGGAACUACGGGAACUGCUCAGCUGUCGCGCGCAACAGGAAGUCGUUAUCGAUGAAAUCGAUUAUACACCGCGGGGUCUUGCGCCGACGCGCUACGGCAAAGACAAAUACAGUUGGGAUCAGUUGCAGUCACGGUGGAGUCCUGAUGGUGGCGGCGGAGGCGGCGGCGGCGGCGGUGACGAUGGUGAUCAGGAUCAGAAGCAAACCGAAGACAAAGCGGAAGUUUGUUCGAUUUUGAGUUUGGAUUGGAGCGAGGCGGAGUUCGGGAAGCAAGUAAAGUCCGUAUCGGAACCGGAAGGAACGAAGACGACGACGACGAAGAUGGAGGAACCGGCUCAGGCCCCCGACAAGGUGGAAGCCUUUGACCUGGACCAGGAACCGGACUUCAGCGGCGUGAUUGAUCGCCGUAGUCCGUCGCUGGAAAAGGACGCCAAGACGUACCACGUCAAGAUCCUGCUCACGGAAACCGACAACAUCAUCCUCUACGAAUCGGCCAGUCACACCGUGGCACGGGACUCGGACGAGGCAGCUGCCGUGCUGGAGCAGAACGCCUAUUACGACAACAAGAAGAAAAACCGCCGUACGGCGAUGGCGGCCGCCGAGGCGCAAACACCCGAAAUGCUGCUGAAGUCACGUGGCGUCAAUACGGAGCGGAUCAGGAGGCAAGAGGUGGCCUCGUUUGUGUCGAACUACGAUAUGUACGAUACCUAUAAUGAUUUGGAAAGGCACACGAAGGAGAUCGAUCUGGCGGAGGCGUCGUCGAAGAUUGAGAUAACGACGUAUUCGCGCGAAGGAAUGGAAGACAUUGACGAUAUGCUGAACAAGAGUGAGAACUUCCACCUGUCGUCGAUGAUCCUGGAGCGGUUGUUGGCUGGGAACGUCUACCGGGAGAAGCAGAAACGGUUCCGGAACAUGUACAUGCCGGAUCCGUUGGACGUCGAUGCUAAGUAUUUGUAUCGAUUGGAAACGCUGUGGACGUACAAGACGGUAGAAACGUCUGGCAAAGCCGUAGGCAGUGCAAGUUGGUGUCCAGCGAAUGGGGAUAUCGUAGCGAUCGCGUAUGGGAUCUAUCGGUUUACCAAGUUCGACGAUCGUAGCUCGGGGUACGUGUGCGUCUGGAGUAUCAAGAAUCCGGUCAACCCGGAAAGGCGGUAUCAGUUUUCGGUGCCGGUUACUGCAGUGGCCUUUUCCAAGAAGACGCCACAGUUGUUGGCCGUUGGAUUGUACGAUGGAUCGGUGCAGAUUUGGGACAUUAUGGAUAACUCACAGAGGCCUGUCGGGGUAUCCGAGCGGAAGUCGUCGCCCGGGUUCGAACCGAUUUGGGAUAUUGAGUGGAUCGAGUCGGACGACGAUAAGGAUGAGAUUUUGACGGCAUCGCAAGAUGGCACGAUCAUGAAGUACACUUUGAACAUUGGUCACUAUCUGAUCGGGUACACGCAGCUGAGGCUGGAUCGGGUCGAAUGCGAAACUGAGGGGAUCGAGGUGGAAAAGAAGAAAGACGGCAUCGAUGCCGAUCGUCACCCACAGGCCUUAAGCUUGAAGAUACAUCCAGUUCGCAAGGACAUCUAUUUUAUCGGAACGGAUGAAGGAUGCGUUCACAGAUGUUCGAUCAACUACUCGUACCAGCAUUCGGGAGUGUCUCGCAUGCACAGCGGAGGUGUUUUCGGCAUCGAGUACUCGCCCUGGAGUCCGAAGGUGUUUCUGACUUGCGGCGGCGAUUGGUGCAUUCGGAUUUGGAUCGAAGAUAUCAACGAACCGAUACUAACCCUAUCCACCGGCUUCGGUCCAAUCCAGGCCGCCCACUGGUCACCGGUCAACUCGACGAUUAUCAUCAGCGUGACGCAGGACUCCGUUCAGCUGUGGGAUCUCAAAAGACGGAUGCUGAAGCCGGCUUCGUUCACCACGUUCGGAGAUUCCACAACCGCUCUGACGGUGGUCAAAUUUACAAACUGCGGUCGAAGUGCGCUCGUCGGGGAUAGUGAAGGGCGGACGUACAUAUGCGCCCUGGAGGAUAUGCCCUUUCCGCCGCACUUUCAGUACAAGGAGCUGCAGUCGGCCCUGUAUAAAAACCUGAUUUGCAAACCGGAGCUGCUGAAGCUGGUCAAGCGGUGCGGAUAUUUGGGCUACUGAUGUGGACUUUUCUUGAUUGAUUGCAAUUUAAUGUGUUUGAAAUGGAGUUAAUUUGCCUUAAUAUUUUUUUCCGCUUUUGGUGGGUUUGUUGAUUUUUUCAAUGGAAAAUAUCAGUACAUGUCACUUUUCUGACAUUUUUGUGUCGAGUUAUUAAAGAGAUAAUCAUUGUAUGUAUCAUCAAUUCGUUUCAAAGCCAGACUUUUAAAUUUAGCUAUCAGAUUCGUAAUAUAACACAGCGCAACAUUUUUUUUGUCUCAAGAGCAAACUUCCCAAGUAACAAUCAGCAUGCCUUGAAGGUUUAUUCAUGUUUUAUCCUGGUUUUAAACGAGCAUAUCAAAAAGCUAGUUGUUCUAAAUUAGUUUUAUGUGGUAGUUUUUUACUUUGAACCUUUGGCGUUCCAUAAAACUAUCAUAUAACUUCUGCUAUAAACAUCUUCAAUUAAAGACUUGCAAGUAGACAUGAAUUGGUUUUAUCACUUAUUAUAUACCAUUUCAAUAAAACUUGCAUUUGCGGUUGUUGUCGGGGAGUUUUUUUUUUGUAAACAAAUACACUGUGAGGCAAUGCAUAAAACCAACAAAAGAUUUCGUGGCCGUAACAUAAACCAAAAACAUGCUGUGAUAAAAUCGCUAGUUCUAUCAUGAGCUCAGUUAUGACUACCUCAGGAGGGUUAGCCCUAUUGGAGGAAUCAUCAGGAACACAGAGUUUUAUCAGAAAAAUAUGUCGCCUAGCCGGGAUAAUUUAUGUAAAUACAGAAAAAUCAUUACUCAAUUUUAUGAUUUCACGUACAGCUUAGGAUCAAAUUGAACCAUACAACACGUUCCCGUCAUUUUAUUUUGUCAGAAAAAUUGCAUAAUUGCAUAAAACUCCGCUGUGUUGAAAUAGUUAUUUAUGCAACAAGUUGCAAAAUGAUGAUUUUUUCAGCACGAGUUGUACAUUUAUCCAACGAGGCUUGCCGAGUUGGAUAAAUACGACGAGUGUUGAAAAAAAUCGAGUUUUGCAACGAGUUGCAUACAACAUUUUUUGUAAUUACGAAAAAAUUCCCGUUCCGGAUAAUCUAUCUAGCUACACAUACAGGGUGCGGCAGGCAAAAAUGCGAAAAGUUCAAGGCACUAUUACACGCUAAAUAUGGGAUAUAUAUGACUAUUUUUUCAUGACAGUGUAUCAGUCAAUGUCUAUAUUCUAGCGCUGAAAAAUAAAAAUGAACAUAUUUGAUGUUUAACAUGUGAUAAUGUUGGCCUAAUAAGCGGAUAUCAAUAAACUGCGCGCCCAAUGGUCAUUAAACAAAACGACUAUAACAGUAACAAAAUUAGCUCAAAUUCGAUGAACAACCAGACCACACUGAUCCAGAGCCAUGUAGUUUCACAUAGCAGAUGAAAUAAGUACAUAUAUUUGAUGAUAUUGUAGAGAAAAUCAAAAAUUUUGUUUUAUCAGAUGCGAAAUUUAGCGACCUGUGUGAUUUUCUGCGGUUUGCAAAUUCUGGUUGUCUUCAUCUUCAGGCGCCGCCCUGUAAAAAUUAGUGACCAAAAUGGGAAAUUUUUUAAUUAACUUUUCAGAAAACUAGCCUAUUAUAGAUCAUGGAACGUUGAAACAUAGAUUGGUUAAUGUCAAAUGGACGAAAAUGAGGUUUGAAGUUGGAAAACACUUUCGCAUUUUUUCCUGCCGCAUACUGUACAUGAAAUCAGGAGGAACCACGUGGAAGCAUCCAUGCGCACCGACGCAGGUUUUUGUUCGAUCAGGUAGGCUGUGGUGUAGAAGGUGUCACAAAUUUUCAAGUUCCCGUCUUCGUCGUCGUCUUCAAUCAGCAACAUCAGAAGGAGCAAAAGUAGCAUCUGCUGCUGCUUCUGCACUUGAUCAGCGGCCCGAAUCGGAACGUGAAUAGUCCUGAUUUGGAUUCGAGCUGCUAAUUGGGUUGUUUAGUGAAUUAAAUAUUCCCUUUUUCUUUAGCCUAAUCGAAAGAGCUCAUUUUUCUGAGUAUAACGUGAUUUUAUUGCGUUCCGAUUCCUUUGUUUUGAUGGUUAAAUAAACAAAACAGUUUUAAUUUCCGUGGAUAGAAUGACAGUUCAAUCGAUAAAGUGACAGUUCGCCCCGAACAAAAAAAAAUCCCCAUACAAACUUAAAAUGAAUUUUAAAAAUAGUUCCCGGGCACCUAAAAUGAUGAAAUUUUGGAUUUCGACUAAUUUUUGGACGGAGAUUCCGAUUAUGCAAUAAUCUAGAUACCCCUAAAGAACCCAAUUGGAUGUAGGAGCAACAGCUGUAUCUACGGAAAACGCGGUAGUGAGCAAAAUGUAUGUGCUGACAAAAGUGCCGAAAAGUGUUACUUUUCAGCACUUUUAAGAGUGCCGAAAAGUAGUACUUUUCGGCACUUUUGUUUUAGUGGAGAAAAGUAGGCCGUUUUAUCGUUGCAACCGCGAGUGAAAAGUAGGGCAAUAAGCAACGUAAUUA